AUGGGGCCGAUUGGUGCUGAAGAAUUGAUGAAUAGUGAGAAGCUGCAAGGUAUAAUGGGUGAAGGAGAAGAGAAAAUUUUGGUUUUGGUGAGGUUGAGGCCUUUGAGUGAGAAGGAGAUUGCAAAGAACGAGGCAUCAGAUUGGGAGUGCAUUAACUCGACCACCAUUUUGUACCGUAACAACCUCCAAGAAAGGUCUGGACUUCCCACUGCUUAUACAUUUGACAAAGUAUUUAGGGGUGACUGCAAAACAAGGGAAGUUUAUGAUGAAGGAAUAAAGGACAUUGCUCUUUCUGUUCUCGGGGGAAUAAACUCAACUGUUUUUGCGUAUGGUCAGACAAGCAGCGGAAAGACGUACACUAUGAAUGGCAUUACCGAAUAUGCAGUGGCAGAUUUUUAUGACUACAUGCAAAGGCAUGAAGAAACAGCUUUUGCUUUGAAGUUUUCUGCAAUGGAGAUUUACAAUGAAGUUGUUAGAGACCUCCUUAGCACAGAUAGUACUCCUCUACGGCUACUUGAUGAUCCAGAAAGAGGGACAAUUAUUGAGAAACUCACAGAAGAAACUUUGAGGGAUUGGAAUCACCUCAGGGAAUUGUUAUCUAUCUGCAAAGCGCAAAGGCAAGUAGGGGAGACCUCAUUGAACGAAACAAGCUCUAGAUCCCAUCAAAUUCUAAGAUUAGUUAGCUCUCUUCUCACUCUCAUUCCAACAAUUGAAAGUUCUGCUCGAGAGUUUAUAGGGAAGGGCAACUCUACGACCCUUGCUGCCAGUGUGAACUUUGUUGAUCUAGCAGGAAGUGAACGAGCAUCUCAAGCAUUCUCAGUGGGGCAAAGGCUCAAAGAAGGCUCCCAUAUUAAUCGUAGUUUAUUGACUCUGGGCACUGUCAUUCGCAAACUUAGCAAAGGAAGACAAGGGCACGUCAAUUACAGAGACUCAAAGCUGACACGUAUACUGCAGCCUGCCUUGGGAGGCAAUGCUAGAACAGCUAUCAUAUGCACCUUGAGCCCUGCGAGAAGCCAUUUAGAGCAAUCGAGAAAUACACUUCAAUUUGCUAGCUGCGCAAAGGAGGUAGUAACAAAUGCAAAGGUUAAUGUGGUGAUGUCUGAUAAGGCAUUAGUCAAACAUUUACAGAAAGAGGUUGCUCGUUUGGAAAGUGAGUUAAGAACUCCAGGAUCAAUGUGCGACCAUGGACCAUUGUUAAGAAAGAAAGAUAUGCAAAUUGAAAAGGUGUUGGAGAAAGAGAAUAAGGAACUGAAAAGUCAACGAGAAGUUGCUCAUUCUCGGAUCGAUGAUUUACUUAGAGCCAUUGAAAGUGGCAAAACUUCAGAAAAACUUGAUGAAUCUCGAUCUGUCAAUGGAGGCUUCAGAGGCAACGGGAAAUCGGGCAUUCUUCAUUCGGAAAACAGUGAAGACGCUUAUUCAUCAGAAGCCAUAUCCGAUCCAAGCCAAGAAGUCGAAGGACCUUUUGCGGACGAUUCUGAUGAAAUCUGCAAGGAGGUUGUGUGUAUUCAGAAUUGUGUAUCUGAUAACAAGAGAACAUUUGAGUCAUUACGCGAGUCAGUUAGCGAGAGUGAAACUAACAUGCCGAUAUCUUCCGAGUUUUCAGAUGGCUAUGUCAUGGCUUCACCUGGACAAGUUAGUGCCACUGAUAAUAUUCGCUCUUACAGUUUAAGACCUCAGCAUGAUGCAUUUUCUCCAUGUGCAUCAUCAACUAGUGGGACACAUUCUGGAAGCUUAAAAUUGACUAGAAGCAGAAGCUCGUCUGACUUUGAAAUGGGUGGACAAAGAAAAAGCAUGCCUUCAACCAUAUUGGAGGAAGAUUUUACCGGAAGAUCGGAAGGCAUUUUCAAGAGGAAGCAAUGGAAGCUUCCACCAGUGAUGUACGGUGCAAAUAGUGGGAAGCUGUUCGUAAGUGAUUCUGAAUCCUCCGAUUUUACUAGUUUUGUCGAUGAGAUAAAGAAUGAAAUCUCCAGCAGUGGGGAUGAGGAUAUUCCUACUCUUGGUUCUUUUGUAGCGGGGCUCAGGGAGAUGGCUAAGCUUCAAUAUGAAAAUCAAAAUGGUCAGCAGGUUCAAGAGACAGAGAGGACGAAAGAAAAUAAUGCUAGAGAUGUGGCUUUUGAUCCAAUGAAUUCUCCACUAAAGUUUGAGAAGUUGCAGAAAUUGAUAAUUGAGCUGUGGCAAGCUUGCAAUGUGUCACUGGUACACAGGACAUAUUUCAUCCUCAUCAUUAAAGAUGAUCCAGCAGAUUCCUUUUACAUGGAAGUUGAACGGAGGAGAUUAUCCUUUCUCAAGGAAACAUUUUCAAGGGUCAAUUGCACUGUACAAGCUGGCCGUACUUUUACGCUGGCAUCAAGAAACAGCAAGAGGGCCCUCCGAAGGGAGAGGGAGACACUGAGCAAGCUAAUAUAUAAAAGAUACAGAGAAGAAGAUGAAAGGCACAGGCUUUACAAUGAAUGGGGAAUCAGCUUGAACUCUAAAAAGAGAAGAUUGCAACUGGUCAACCUUUUAUGGACCGACACUGAAAAUAUGGACCACAUUCGAAAAAGUGCCGAUAUUGUUGCUAAGCUCAUUGGCUUCUUGGAGCACGGUCGAGCAGUAGAUGAGAUGCUUGGCCUUAGCUUCAUGCCUCCACGUGGCAUGAUCAGAAAAUCAUUUGGCUGGAAAUAUAGCAUGGCCUCCAUUUUUUGA